AGGGCACUGGGGCCUAUAAACCUCCCCAUUAUUACUAAUAUACAAGAGUAUCGCAGUUCCGCAGCUAUUUCCGGACUACAACUCCCAGAAUCCCUCACUGGCAUUAAUAGUGCGACAGAGUUUAUUUCUCCCUCGGCGUCUCACAUUAUUACUUUGAGUUACUAGGGUUACAUUUGUGCAGAACCUCUGAGAAGUCUUCCCUCUUCUUUCCCCCAUUUUGGUCUUUCACUCUUCCUUUAUUGUGUUUGUUGCCCCAUUAGAGCACAACCAACGCCAUCUUGGCUUCCAUCCUGCUCUCCAUGGCAACCGUCUCUAAUUACAUCAGCAUUGGGGGCGUGGCGUCAUAAAAAGCGCGUGGAAGUCUCGCGAGGAGGCGCAGGGCUGUCGGGAACUGAGUGUAUGAGACGUAGAGCGGCGCGGCUCCACCUCCUCAUUCCUGUUGCUGGUUCCUUGCAGAUGGCAGAAGCUCUGGCUAAGCAGCUGGCGGGUUACAAAGCCCAACUGCAACAGGUUGAAUCGGUGAUAACGGCCAACGGCAAGAAUGACGAUUUACUGAAACUAAAGAAAGAUUUGCAGGAAGUGAUAGAAUUAACCAAAGAUCUUCUAUCGUCACAACCCUCGGAAGUGACGGACGAUUCCUGUGACGUCGCAUUCACCAGCGGAAACCAGUGGUGGAAGGUUGGAGAGAGGUGUAUGGCGAUCUGGAGUGAUGACGGACAGUGGUACGAGGCCGAGAUCGAGGAAAUAGACGAAGAGAACGGGACUGCGGCCAUAACCUUUGCCGGCUACGGCAAUGCGGAAGUAACGUCUUUGCUCAAUCUGAGGCCAGUUGAGUUGGGGAGGAAAGCCAAAGAGGACAGCGGGAAUCUGCCUAUGUCUAAGAAAGAGAUGAUCGCUGCACAGAGAGAACAUAAAAAGAAGAAAGCACUGAAGAAAGUCCAGAGAAUAAAGGAGCUGGAACAGGAGAGGGAAGACCAGAAGGUGAAAUGGCAGCACUUCAAUAACAAGGCCUACUCCAAAAACAAGAAAGGCCAGGUCAAGAGAAGUAUCUUUGCCUCUCCCGUGAGUGUGAUGGGGAAGGUGGGCGUGGGUACGUGUGGCAUUGCAGAUAAACCCAUGACACAGUAUCACGAUACUUCCAAAUACAACGUUCGGCAUCUCAUGCCCCAGUGAUCGUUGGGACUGGCCGAUUGGAUUCUCCGCUGGGCUUUACAUUUUAUCAAUAUAUUUUUCUAAAACGAAAUAAUUGGCUGUCGUAUGAGGAAUAGCGAGACAGCAGCGAUGUUGCGUUCUUGUUUUGGAAACAAGUGUUUUGUCUGCUUUGGUGCCUCCCAGCCGCCAGUGGGAAGUGAUGGAGUCGGGCACUAGAGGAAUAAUCUGCCCAGUGGCCCUUAUUAGAAGUAUCUCUCGUUACCUGCUGCACGAAUGAUCUAUGGACACGCCGUGGGGAUCAGCCCUGUUUUCUCAUUUUCACCAGUGGGAAUGUGCAAGGUCACAUAUUGGCAGCAUCUGAUGGAAAGGCAGUGGGUUAAAUGAUAGGGCAUUUGGGGCAGUUUAGUGACAGUUCAAAAACAGAAAGCCAUUAGCUGACAGUUGGUCGAUUAUACCCAUGCUUGGGCUGCAGUGCUGUGCUUCCCAGGUGAUCACUAGGUAUGGGUUAAUGAAGAUAAUGUUCAGGUGCCACGUACUCUCUCUGUGGGCAGCUGUAGUUAAAGUAACAUAAAAAAAUUGUUUCUACUUAAUGGAAAAAAAACCACCAAGACAGUAUAACUUUUAAUUCGCAAAGUUUUCAUUA